AAUUCUUACAAUUUAUGUCCAGAGGUCUCCUUCGAUCUCUCUCUUUUCUUGCUCAGAGAUUCUGCUGCUUCUCGGCUCUAUUUUGUUUUUGAGUGUGAGUGGACUGUUUUCAGCUACGGUUUGAUUCAAUUGAAUGUGUGAUGAAUUGACUGUGUCUGGUCCCUGAGAAAACGGAGGAAAAUGGCGAGUAAGAACUAACCUUAGUCGAUUUGCUUUAUCUCCAAAAAUUCACGAAGAAACCCAAAAGCCCAAAACCACCAAAAUGAAGAGAAAGAAAUGGUCUGAACUUGAAGAACAAACCCUUUUGACCAAGUACUCCGAUCUGCUCACUUCAGGCACGCUAUCUAAGCUCAAAACAAGAGAAAAAAAGUUCCGCCCCAUAGCCGACCAUGUCAACUCGGUGCACCAUCUGCAAGACCCUGUUAGCUUCCCGUUCAAGUGGUCAUGGCGAGAUGUGUCUAUUAAAGUGCAGAACAUGAGGCAUCAAUAUCUGGGUGUGAAGCAGAAGAUCAGAAUAUCCAAAGAUGAGUUCAAUUGGAAAGAUGGGGAGAACCACUGGGAGAAUUUUUUGAAGUACAAAGAAGUUUUUGGGGAUGUGGAGCUUGAAGUGAAGACCAAGAAGUCCAGUGAUAGUUGUGGCAGUGAUUUAUUCAAGGAUUGUGGGGAUUUGGGUUUUGGGAUUGACAGUGAGGAUUUAGAAGAAGAGGAGGAGGAGGAUGGAGAAGAAGAAGGAGACAAUGGUGAUGAUGAUAACGUUAACGGUGAUGGUGAAGAAGAUGGUGAAUCUGGGGGAGAUAAAGGAAAUGGAGAUAUGGGUAUUGCACGAAAGUUGAAAACCAAGAAAGGUUUUGGAGGAAAUAGGAGAUUAGGGUUGCUUGGAGCACAAGCGGUGGAUCUAAGGGAUGUGGUGUUGAGGAGGGAGGACAAAAGAAGAGAGAGGGAAUUUAGUAAAGAGAAAUAUAUGCUAGAGAGUGAAGAAAAGAGGAGAGAAUUAGAGCUUAUGAGAGAAACAAGACAAAAUGAAAGGGAAGAGAGGAUGGAAAAUUGGGAAAUAGAAUUGGAAGAGAGAGAUUUUAUAUGGACACGUAGGGAGUUUGAGAGAAAGGCAAGGAUAGAGAGAGAAUUGGAGGAGGAAAGAAAAAAGAGGAGGAUAAUGGAAGAGAAGAGGGAGGAGGAGGAAAUGGAAUGGAGGGAAAGGAUGGUAGCGAUGCAGAUUGAGCAUGAGAAGGCAAUGAUGCAAAUACAUGCAGAUGCAUGCCAGAACCAAAUGCAGAUUCUCGGACUUGUGGCAAGGCUUGUUUGCCAGUUUUUUGGUGCAAAUGAUGGAUUGGGUGGUGGGUUGGGAGGUCUGCCACCUCAAGUUUUGCAGAAUUUGCAGCACCCUGGAGGCUUGGGUGAUAAUGGGAAGCCUGAUACCAAUUCGCCUUCUGAAUUCAUGUGAAGUAACUCCAGCAUAUAUGCGUUUGGUUUUGGAGUUAUUGCAUAUAUUUGUACUAUGAUGGUUGUUACCAAAAUGCUCAUUUUAUAAUCGUGUACUCUGUAAUAUUAUUGCUUAUAUGUAAACAAAUCAGACAUGAAAUGCGCGAGAGAACACUUGUUUCCAAAAA